UAGAGGAUCCGGCACGAUCCAGCACCCCAAAAGUCGGCCGUAUAUGUAUACGCAUCGGAAACUUAUUCGGUCGAGACUUUGUUCAGUAAAUAGCCGAAUUCUGUAGAAACGAGUAGUAGUUGUUAAUAUACACAUUAUUAUUUGCCGAAUUCAUUUCUUCAGCUGCUGUUUUCGGUUGUAACCGAAAAUCAUGGCCGAUUCCGAGUUUGAAGAGUUUCGUCUGCAUUUCGAUCGAUUACCUCAGCACAUACGAGCGUCAGCCAAGUGCUACACUUUGGUUCACGACAUCACGCCCUGUGACGAUUUGCCGAAUUUCGAGGGCUUACUUUCAUCUUGUGCUACCGAGUUUCCGUUUGCCAAACGGGAAUCGACGAUCGUUGAAGAGGGAAGCACCGGAAUUGUCCAAACUUCCCUUGGGACGACAGAAAAUGUACCAGCAGCUCCUCAUCCAGAAGAUGGUGCAGACAACGAUCCUGUCAAGGAAAUCAAUCACAAGCCACUCGAAAGGAAAAGAAGAAAACUACCAGAAAUCCCGAAAAUUCAUCAAAAAUUGGAUUUCAAACGAACGCCAUCCCUCGCCGACGAGCUAUCGCAAUUGGAUAUCGGGUCGUCGUGCAUUUCAUUAGUAUCCGAACACCGUCAUCGCCAUUUUUUCAAGCCUCACCUUCACUACCGAGCAGGGGAACACAGUCCUUGUGAAUCUGACGUUUGGCCAGGGACGGAUGGCGAUUCCGGACGAGACUCGACGGCUCAUUCGCCAGAAGGCUCAAAAGAUACUGCGUCUUCGACGCCGAGCGCCGAAUCACUCCCGGUGCUGACCGACGUCGAGGCUACACACCGCGGUCUGCACAAAUUCACCGGCCGACACUCUGACGAGAUCGACAUCGACAUCGGAGAUCCUGUUUACGUCCAGCAGGAGGCCGACGAUUGCUGGUGUGACGGGAUCAACCUGCGAACUCAGCGUCGAGGAAUCUUCCCAGCGGCUUACGUCGUCGACGUCGAUUACGAUUUCGAUCCCGACGGACGGCGGGUCAACAAGGAGCGCUACGCCCUGGAUUUUUUGGGAUCGGUCGAAACGAUGGUCAACAAAGGCGAGCAGGUGAUCUGUUCGGCCGUUGAACGGAUGCGCAAAUCUCCCGUCACCCACCCGCAGCCUUGUUUUCUAGAAAUCUCCGACCAGGGACUUCACGUCAUGGACAAGUGCAAAGAAAAUGACAUGGACCGAUUCCCGUGUCACGAUUACUUUUUCGCUUUGAAGAAUGUCACGUUCUGCGGGUUUCAUCCUAGUGAGCAGCACUACCUCGGCUUCAUCACCAAACAUCCGACUGAAGAGCGGUUCGCCUGUCAUGUCUUUCAGGGUAACGGCUCAACUCGUCACGUAGCAGAAGCUAUCGGGAGAGCGUUUCAACGGUUCUGUCGUAAAUUCAUCGAGUUGGCCUACCCGAUUCACGAGUUCUACAUGGAGUAAUUUAUUCAUCUCAGCACUUUUGAUAAUCGUUAUUAUAUUUACAUUCCCCCAUACUUCCUCUAAACUCUCACAUCUCUCCUUGUGAUAAACGGAGUGGCAUAUUU